GUCUGAUCUGAUAUUUCUUUGGACAUCAUGGAUGGAUAACUACAUUAUAUUAUUUAUCGAUGCAUUUAAUGUUCUGAUGUUGAGACAGUUGUAAAUAAAGAUUUUGGUUAUCUAAAAUUAGACUCUAAACAACCAGUUGUAUAUUUUGUUUAAAUAACAUGACGACAACAAUGAAAAUAAUGUCACUGUUGCACGUUGGUCGCAAUACAAAUUUCGCUUCCAUCACCAAUGGUUUUCACUUAUCUUCGGCACAAUAUUUGGACCAGCGCCGGAGAGAAAAGAAAGGUUUACCUGCUAAUCCAAAUGUGUACGGUCCUCUGAUUACUCUGCCGGAUUUUUCUUAUAGAGAUAAUAGACCUAGUCCUUACGGAUCUAACCAGUUGAAGCGUAUAUUAAAACAUCAAAACUACAUGAAACGGGUUGAAAAGUUGGUUGGUGAAGUUGAUUACGCAGUUGAAAGGCAUAGUAAAUUGUUAAAAGAAAAGGAAGAAAGAAAACAGGAGAUACUGAAUAGGAAAUUAAAACCAAAAGGGCAACUACUUUUAACAGAUAAUUAAUAUACCCAUGUAAUUAUAUGUAUAAGUAAAUAAAUUCGCUAUACAAUGAUUUA